ACUCAUAUACAAAUAUUUGAUUAUCUGUCAAGAAAAACCAGAUCUUCAGCCUUGCACUUUAAUUAUCUGCUCAGCUCCGCUGUGAUGUCGAGCCCAUUGCCAAGUAUUAGCUAGCGGAGUGAGUCCAUAUAGCAUUCCAGGAGCAGAUGCUUUGUUGUAUGCCCACGUACACCAUACAUCCGCAAAAGCCAAGAAAUGCCUACAUGUUGUUCUGCUCGCUACAACCUGGCAGUAUUGGCAUUACUUGGCUUCUUCAUGUUGUAUGCACUACGGGUCAAUUUAAGUGUAGCCCUAGUGAAUAUGGUAAACUCAACGAGUGAGCAGGUGAACAGCAGUGCCAGCGUGUGCCCGGACCAUUCGCUUAAACCCAGUGUACCUCACAAUUCCACGGGCAAGAAGUAUAGAUGGGAAGCAGAUACCCAAGGCUGGAUACUUGGCUCAUUUUUCUAUGGAUACAUCAUCACCCAAAUCCCUGGUGGAUACGUAGCUGGCAAAAUCGGGGGCAAGCUAUUGCUGGGAUUCGGCAUUCUGGGCACAGCUGUGUUCACUUUACUAACACCAGUAGCUGCGGAUUUGGGUGCUGGAUACCUCAUAGCAGUUCGAGCACUGGAAGGGCUUGGUGAGGGUGUGACCUUUCCAGCCAUGCAUGCAAUGUGGUCUUCCUGGGCCCCACCUCUUGAGCGUAGCAGACUUUUAAGUCUUUCUUAUGCAGGAGCUCAGCUUGGUACUGUUGUAUCCCUGCCUUUGUCUGGGUUAAUUUGUUAUUAUAUAGAUUGGAUUUAUGUGUUUUACAUUUUUGGGGCACUUGGUGUUAUAUGGUUUAUAAUGUGGUUCUUUAUAGUCAGUGACACUCCACAAUCCCACCGUACAAUAUCAGACUCUGAGAGAGAAUAUAUCUUGUCAGCCCUCAAACAUGAGCUUUCUAGGGACACAGAGGUACCGGUUUGUGCUAUGCUGACAUCAUUGCCGCUGUGGGCUAUUGUUGUAGCUCAUUUUUCUUACAAUUGGACCUUCUACACUCUCCUGACUUUAUUGCCUACCUACAUGAAGGAGAUUUUACGUUUUAAUACACAAGAGAAUGGCUUCCUGUCUGCUCUUCCUUACUUUGGAUGUUGGCUUUGUAUGAUCAUUACUGGUCAUUUUGCAGAUCUCAUGAGGGAGAGGUGGAAUUUCUCGACUGUCUUUGUUCGUAAAACAUUCAACACUUUGGGAAUGGUUGGUCCUGCAGUGUUUCUGUUGGCGGCUGGUUACACAGGUUGUGAUUAUACUCUGGCUGUAGUAUUUCUUACACUAUCCACCACACUUGGAGGGUUCAGCAUGUCUGGAUACAAUAUUAAUCACUUAGAUAUUGCUCCAUCCUAUGCUGGUCUUUUACUUGGAAUCACAAACACAUUUGGUACUAUUCCUGGAAUGGUUGGGCCAGUUAUUGCCAAAGCAUUAACACAUGAAAACACUGUGGAACAAUGGCAAGUCGUGUUUUACAUCGCAGCUGGCAUCAAUAUAUUUGGAGCCAUCUUCUUUGCAGCGUUUGCCAGUGGUACAGUUCAAGACUGGGCAGUAAGAACUAAUAAAGCACAGGGAAGCUAAGGACAUUGCAUGUGCCUGCUGUAUGCCUCCAAAAGCCUCACUUAUAUACAUUCAUAUAUGUUUUCAAUUGUCUCAACAAAAAGCUGUCCAUAAAUUGAAUAAGUAAGACUUUAGGUGUACACAUGCCUGAAACACUACUAGAUAUAAAUGGGAUUUCUCAUGUGAAAAAGGUAAUCUGCUUCUGCUACUGCGCAGCACAGGAAGCCUCAUACCUCAUUUUUUGUUCUAUUCUUUUUAGUCGAUGGUAUUGUCAUCUGAGGUAUAUUUGUAUACAUACCCAUACGGCUUUUCAAUGCAGCAUUCCUAGUAUAGUACUUUUUGACAUAAAGUGCCUUGGGAAGUGUGAAUGGGACAUUGAAGAGAAUAAUGUUCCUAUUUGUGCUUGGACCCUGAAAGAAGGGAAUUUGGUGCACACGAAAGAUUAAAGUAAACAGGGAUUUUUUAGUAUUUCAUCAUGAUUUAUAUAUCAUUUCUGUAUUAUGCUUUGGAAGACUUAGCUGUAAUUGUACAUCAUAUUAUGCAGUUGUCACCACUUGCCAUUACAACUGUCCAUGUGUCUGUUCUCUGCUACCUCUUGUAUGUAGUCUAAAUACCCAACCUAAAAAUACAGUGCAGGGAAAGAUCGUGUUUACUGCAAGAGGAGCCAUAAAGGUAUUAGUAAAAAACGACUGGCAGAUACACUUUUGAGGCAUAACAGUCUUGGAGAAUUACAGCAAUAUCUUCUGAGCACAUUCUAGGUCAUGCGGUUCUGACCAGUUUGAUGGAUAUCCUGCAUUGGGUUCAUUAUUUGUUAUUAAAGGGGUACUCUGGUGCUCAGCAUUUGGAACAAACUGUUCCGAACGCUGGAGCCGGGAGCUCGU